CCGCCGACCGAGACGCCGUCGCACUUAGUUGUGUGUUUGCGAAGGGGAGCGACGUUCGGGAAGCGGCUGCGUGACGCUGUUUACCGACUUCGGCGACUAGACACGGUUCCUCGGCGUCCCCGCUUUGGCGGUGCUGCACUACAGGAGCUAGAAGACAUGGCGCGUCUGGUAGCGGUUUGCAGAGACGGGGAAGAGGACUUUCCUUUCCUCGCCCGACAAAUCCCCCUCAAUAUUGACGACACUCUUACGAUGGUGAUGGAAUUUCCCGACAGUGUCAUGAACCUUGACAACAGCCAGAUUAACAACUAUCAGUGGAAACAAUUUGCUGAGUUCCACUCCAAGUUGAAGCAGCAAGACUUGAAUAUUGCCAUGAUGGUGACAUCCAGAGAGGUGUUCAGCGCAUUAUCCCAGCUAGUGCCAUGUGUGGGCUGCAGACGAAGUGUGGAGCGCCUCUUCUCUCAGUUGGUGGAGUCGGGAAACCCUGCCCUAGAGCCCCUCACUGUGAAACCCAAAAGCAUGCUGUCUGUCACCAAGGCCUGUCUGGCCGAUGUAAAGAAGCUCUACACGCUCUUCUAUGUUCAUGGGUCUAAGUUGAAUGACAUGAUUGACGCCAUUCCAAAAAGCAAAAAGAACAAACGAUGUCAGCUGCACUCCUUAGACACACACAAACCCAAGCCCUUAGGAGGAAGCUGGAUGGAUGUGUGGGAGCUGAUGUCUCAGGAGUGCAGAGAUGAGGUGGUCCUCAUUGAUAGCGCCGGUCUAUUGGAGACACUGGAAACAUACUUGCGCAAACACAGGUUUUGCACUGAUUGUAAGAAUAAAGUACUUCGGGCAUACAACAUUCUGGUGGGGGAGGUAGACUGCAGUAAAGAGAAGGGUUACUGUGCUGCCUUGUAUGAGGGCCUCUGCUGCUGCCCCCAUGAACGCCAUGUCCAUGUGUGCUGUGAGACUGAUUUCAUCGCCCACCUCCUUGGCCGGGCUGAGCCCGAGUUCUCUGGAGGGUACGAGCGUAGAGAGAGGCAUGCUAAGACCAUUGACAUUGCACAAGAGGAAGUCCUUACCUGCCUGGGAAUCCACCUUUAUGAGCGGCUGCACAGGAUCUGGCAGAAGCUGAGGGCUGAGGAACAGACCUGGCAGAUGCUGUUCCACCUGGGAAUAGAUGCACUACGUAAAAGUUUUGAGAUGGCUGUGGAAAAAAUGCAGGGGAUCAGUAGGCUGGAGCAAUUUGUUGAAGAGUUGUCUGAAGAAGAGAGGGCAAAAGAGCUGAAGCAAGAGAAAAAGAGGCAAAAGCGAAAGAACCGACGCAAAAACAAAUGUGGUUUUGACAUGUCUGAGCAGGAAGCUGAGGACAAAGAGAAAAGUCUAGAUGAGGGUUCACUUGAAUCUGUGGAGAUCAGCUGCAAGGUCUGUGGUAGCCAUGAUGAGGAGGAGGAGGAGGUCGUUUGUGUGGAUGUCAUGGUCGCCAAUGGCAGCACUGCCUGCAGCUGCUCAGAUAGGACCAUCCUGGGCUCAGCUCAAGUCAGUCAAGGCUUGUCUCCCCAUGGAAACGGGAGUGACUGCGGCUACUCCUCAAGCAUGGAAGGCAGUGAGAUGGGUUCAAGAGAGGGGUCUGAUGUUGCCUGCACCGAGGGAAUCUGCAACCACGAUGAAACAGGAGAUUACUCACACGACCACCAUUGUGCUGAAGAGAAAGAGGAGGAUGGAGUGGACAGUUGUGUCGAGUGCUGGGCCAAUGUCGAAGAAAACGCUAAAUGCAAGAAUAAAAAGAAGAAAAGAAAGGGCAAGGGGUCAUGCAAUGAUCAAGGUCAAAAAGUUGAAGGCUGUGUGAUGGAUGUGAGUGCAAGAGGGCACAGCCUGACAUCGCCGCACACUUGUCGAACCAAAGAAGUUUGUUCCUCCUUGCGCGGCAAUACUUUUACAAGCGUUGCACUUAGGUUACCGUGGGCAGUACAUCAGAAAAACCAGGACCAUGAUUUGGGGCCUCCAGAAGCCAAUAUAUGUGGCCAAAUGGAUACCAGCAAGAAAAGUCUCAUGGAACUACUGGAUGAUGCUGAAGUGGCUUCAGAUGAGGAGAAUUGUCUUACACAGGAUGAAAUCCAGGCCUUUGUGGAAAGCAACAAAUCCUUCUACAGCAACCGUGAUCAGUACCGACAACUCCUAAAAGACAAAUUCACCAACUAUUGUCGUUCCACUGAGCAGAGCAAGCCAGUCUGUGGCGGAGAGUGGCUAGCCACCGCCAGUGUCAACUAGCCGCACUCGUGAAGUCUUUUUAUGGGAAAACACUGACCACUGCUGCAUCAUCUUUAGAAAAUAAAAUGCAAACUGAAUUAGGUGUUUGUUUAAUUCUUCCUUUUUGUUCAAAUCAAAUGUGAGUCAUUAGUUCCAUUCUUCAAGUCAGAUAUGCUUUCCAUCCUGUUUCCUGCACACCUUCUCACCCAUAAAUGUUUCUCCUGACCAAACGGAGGUAUUUGUUGUUGGUCAUAUGUAGAGCUGUUGGUUAAGAGCACAGCGGAUUCGUUAAUGAGGCUUGCAAUUAGAGAUGAAUUUUAGUCUUUUUUUUUUCCUUUUUUUAAUUUCUUUUUUUUUUCUCCAUUGUUUUGUUUCUGUGACACUUAAAUGUAGUGGUGAAAGUACCAAUAAAUGUGUACAGAAAUUCUAAAUAUAAAGAUUUUACAGAGAGUAAACAUCCAUUUAUAAUAAUGAUUUGGGUGUGAUGAGAAUGCAAUGUGCAAAAUUUACUAAAUAAAGAAUAUUUAUUAA